AUGUCUUCUUUCGGCAACAUUUUCCGCGUGACCACCUACGGCGAGUCCCACUGCAAGUCCGUCGGGUGCAUUGUCGACGGGUGCCCCCCCGGGCUCGAGUUGACGGAGGCCGACAUCCAGCCCCAGUUGAGCAGAAGAAGACCCGGCCAGUCCGCGCUCUCCACGCCCCGCAACGAGAAGGACAAGGUGCACAUCCAGUCCGGAACCGAGCACGGCCGCACGCUCGGCUCGCCCAUCGGCAUGUUGGUGUUGAACGAGGACCACCGGCCCAAGGACUACUCGGAAACCGACUUGUACCCAAGACCGUCGCACGCGGACUACACGUACAUCCAGAAAUACGGCGUCAAGUCCGCGUCGGGCGGCGGCCGGUCGUCGGCCAGGGAAACCAUUGGCCGCGUGGCCGCCGGCGCCAUUGCCGAGAAGGUGUUGCACAAGGCCAACAACGUUGAGAUCGUGGCGUUCGUGUCGUCCAUCGGCAGUGUGUCCAUGAACAGGGACCCGCGCGACGAGAAGUUCCAGGCGGUGUUGAACAGCGUGACGCGCGAGGCGGUGGACGCCGUGGGCCCGGUGCGGUGCCCCGACGCAUCCGUGCGCGAGCAGAUGGUCAAGGAGAUCGAGCGGUACCGCGACGCCAAGGACUCCAUCGGCGGCGUGGUCACAUGCGUGAUCCGGAACUGCCCCGUGGGCUUGGGCGAGCCGUGCUUCGACAAGCUCGAGGCCACGUUGGCGCACGCCAUGAUGUCGUUGCCCGCCACCAAGGGCUUCGAGUUCGGCUCCGGCUUCCUCGGCACCACGAUGCCGGGCUCCGCGCACAACGACGCGUUCUACUUCUCCGAGGCCGACCAGCGCUUGAGAACCAAGACCAACUUCUCGGGCGGCGUGCAGGGCGGCAUUUCCAACGGCGAGAACAUCUACUUCUCCGUGGCGUUCAAGUCGGCCGCCACCAUCUCGCAGGAACAGCCCACGGCCUCGUACGACGGCGCGGACGGCGUGUUGGCGGCCAAGGGCAGACACGAUCCCUCCGUGACGCCGCGUGCCGUGCCCAUUGUGGAGGCCAUGGCCGCGUUGGUCUUGGUGGACCAGUUGUUGAUGCAGAAGUCGCGGGAAUACGGUGCGUCCAUCGUCAAGGACUAG